AUCUAUCCAUCUAAUUAAAAUUAAAUUGAAGUGAAUAUCAUGUUUAUGAGACACUGUCAGUGUGCUGUUAUAUAACUCAGGUAUUUUUUAAGGCCUGACUUGUUGCAUUGAUGCCCAUUGCUUUACUGUCCUGUUGGAUGUGUAAUGUCAGAUCCCUUGUAUCUGACAUUUGAUUGGGCAUCACUGUGUUGCUAUGGCAUGAUCCUGGUAGUUAUUGUUGUUAAAACAAUAAGAAUAACAAAUUCAAAUUCAAACAUUGCUGCAUUCUUCUGUCACUGACAAUUCCAAACCUGCACUCAGUCUCCUCAUUACACUGGUUCUGAACAGACACAACAUUGGAGUCUUUGCAAACUUUGUUCAAAAACUACAACUAUUUGACACAAAACCACGACUGACAGCAAGCACAGACAAACAAGUCACUGAAAGAAACCAAAUCCUGCGUGGAUCUUUCUCCUGACAGACGCCUAAAAUGGCUCGAGCUGUGGAAAAUCCACAUCUUAAGAGGUUUAACUCACAAAGCAGCUCAGAUGUCAGCAGUGACAGCAAGUACUGCUUCAAGGAUGUGGGGAUCUUACCGCCUCCUAAACGUAUGAGGCUGAUGACGUGGGAUCUUACCCUGCCUCCAAGUCCUCCAUCAUCCCCUGUAAAUGAUGACGAUACUGAUCAAAAGUGUAUCAGCGCACUGCCUUAUGAUGUUCCACUCCCUCCAAGUCCUCCACCUUCUGAAAAGAAGUAUGCUUCCCUUCGUUUCCUUGAACACGAGAGGUCUUACUUGAUGCCUCUAAGUGUCCUGGCUAAUAUUCCACUGCCUCCAAGUCCUCCACCAUCCCCUGUGUGUGCUGAAUACACGAAUCCAAAGUGUGUCAGCCCUCUGCCUCAUGAGGUUCCACUCCCUCCAAGUCCUCCACCUGUUGAAGCUUUUGGUCCCUGUGGAAAUAAUCCAAGAUCAACAGUGUGGUCUGUAGGUGAUGAAGAGGAAGAGUUAAUGCUUAAGCUCAUUAGGCUGACGCUUCAUGAUGUUCCACUGCUUCCACGUCCUCCACCGUUUGAAAAGAAAUACGCUUCACCUCAUUCUCUAAAACACAAGAGGUCUGAUUUGAUGCCUCUCAGCCUCCUGGCUAAUAUUCCACUGCUUCCAAGUCCUCCACCGUCCCCUGUGUUUGCUGAAUACAGUGAUUCAAGGUGUAUCAGCCCACUGCCUCAUGAGGUUCCACUGCUUCCAAGUCCUCCACCGUCCCCUGUGUUUUCUGAAUACAGUGAUUCAAGGUGUAUCAGCCCACUGCCUCAUGAGGUUCCACUGCUUCCAAGUCCUCCACUGUCCCCUGUGUUUUCUGAAUACAGUGAUUCAAGGUGUAUCAGCCCACUGCCUCAUGAGGUUCCACUGCCACCAAGUCCUCCACCUGCUGAUGCCUUGCCUCAGUCAAAGGACACUCAUAAGGUCCUGCAUCCAGAUCUAAAAUAUGACCGUUCUUCCCUGGACGAUGAAGUGGCCUUUUUCAUGUGUCCCACAGAAAAGCCUCCUGGUGUAACCGCUCUUGAUGUUUCACCACGUCCACUUUAUGAAUUUCCACACCUUUCAGAGAAGAGAUGCCUCAACUUAUCUACUGUUGCUUUCCUUUGUCUGGAUGAUUAAAGAUGUGUUUGUUGUAAUAAAAUAAUUUUUGAGCAAAUACAUGUUGAGAUGAUUUGGUU